UGCAAGGUCAAGGACAGCAAGACAUUGGUGGAAAAAGCCAGGGUAGAAGACAGAGGAAAAAGAAGAAUCUAUUUGCUGACUACAUGCCAAUGGACCAGGUGUCUCAGGGUCUAAAGAGAGGAAUUUUGAUUGAGGGUCCUAUUCGUAUCAACCCGAAAAAUUUUGAAGAGUCAUAUCUACCACAUCCAGUAGGUGUUAAUACUUACUUUUUAAAUAAGCAAGAAUUAGAGGACCUUGAGAAGUCUAUGACAACACAUGACAACAACGGGACAUCCUCUCAGGAUUCUGAUCCUGAAGUUGUUAUUGAAAGUGAAGAAAUUGUUGAAAUAACAGUGAAAAAGGGAGAUAAUCCAGAGGAAGGGAAUAAGAAUUUAACAGUACAGAAAGAGAAAAAGGGGAAUUACUCUCCAUCCAAGAAGUACACAAGUUUGAAUGAUAUGAUGAUAGGGCAGAGUCCUGCUAAACAUAAACUAGAGACUGAUAAAGGAAGAGAUGAGAUUAAGAAAUUGUUGCAGAGGACGGGAAAGGUUGUGGCCAUUAUAGAGAGGAAACAUUCUAGAGCUAGUACUGGAUUUAUCAAACCAAUGGGGGAUAAGAAUUCAGACAGAGCGUUGUUUGCACCUGUUGAUCAUAGAGUACCUAGAGUUAUGAUUCCCAUCGGCAAUUGUCCAAAAGAUUUCAUAGAAAGACCUGAUGACUUUAGUAAAACAUUGUAUGUGUGUAGAAUAACAGACUGGAAACAAGAUAGCUUCUAUGCUGAAGGAUGUUUGGCCAAGAGUUUAGGUGAAGCUGGAGAAAUUGAACCAGAGACUGAGGGAAUGCUCAUUGAAAAUGGUGUUGACUUUGAGGAGUUCCCUCAGGAGGCAUUAGACUGUUUACCUACAGAAAGUCCCUGGGUGAUACCAGAGGAAGAGUUUGAGUAUAGGAAAGAUUACCGUUCAUCUUGUGUGUUCACUGUAGAUCCAGCUACAGCUAGAGAUUUAGAUGAUGCCCUCUCUUGUGAAGACCUGGGUGAUGGACGGUUCAGAGUUGGUGUUCAUAUCGCAGAUGUUAGUUAUUUCUUAGAGGAAAAUUCUGUUCUUGACAGAGUUGCAGCCCUUAGAUCUACAAGUGUUUAUUUGGUGCAUAAGGUUAUUCCAAUGUUACCACGGUUACUAUGUGAACAACUGUGCAGUUUAAAUCCAGAUGUUGACAGACUUACAUUUUCUGUAGAGUGGGUAAUAUCAGAGGAAGGAGAGAUAGAGGAAGAAUGGUUUGGAAGGUCUGUGAUUAGAUCUUGUGCUAAACUCUCCUAUGAUCAUGCUCAGGGUUUUAUAGAACAACCUGAACGUGUCUGGACACAAGAAGAACUUCCGCCUAUAUCUGAAGGCUUCACUGUACAAGACAUACAAACUAGAACACUUAAUCUACAAAAGAUAGCUGUAAAUUUACGUAAGGCUAGAAUGGAUGGUGGGGCACUGAGGUUAGAUCAGUUAAAACUACAGUAUAGUCUAGAUAGUGAGACAGGAUUACCUAAUGGUUACUGGGUCUAUGAACAGAGGGACAGCAACAGGUUGAUAGAAGAGUUUAUGUUGUUAGCUAACAUGGCAGUGGCUGAUAAGAUAAAUAGAGAGUUUCCAGAUAAAGCUUUAUUGAGAAGACAUCCACCACCACAGGAGAAAAUGGUGGAAAAUUUGAAAGAUCAGUGUGCUGCUCUAGGAAUUCAUUUAGACAUUUCCAGUGCUGGUGCAUUACAGAGAUCAUUGAGAUCAUAUUGUGGUGAUGAUGACGAUUCCAAGGCCAGGAUGCAAGUUCUAGUUGCUCUCUGCUCUAAACCAAUGAAUAAUGCCAAGUAUUUCUGUACAGGUUGUAUUGAUGAUGAAAGUCUAUAUCGUCAUUAUGCUCUCAAUGUACCAUUAUAUACACACUUCACCAGUCCAAUCAGAAGGUAUCCAGAUGUAAUGGUCCACAGACUUCUAGCAGCUUGCUUUGGUUAUUUGAAAGAGACAUCUAAGAGUCCUGGAGAGAUACAGAAAUUGGCAGACCAUAGUAAUGAUAAGAAAACAGCUGCCAAGAGAGUUGGUGAACUCAGUAGUGAACUUUUCUUUGCUGUCUUUGUAAAGACUGCUGGGCCACUAGAAGAGAAAGCCAUGGUGAUGGGGGUGUUAGAUAAAGCAUUUGAUAUAUUUGUGCUCAAACUUGGUGUCACAAAGCGUGUCUAUUGUGAUAAACUGCCAAUAAAAGAGAAGAUUUUCAAGCGUGAACGUAAGGUACCAAGUCUGGUUCUGGUCUGGAACAGUGAGAAUGAUGAACCAGAAGUACGACAAGAAAUCACCAUCUUCUCACAAGUAGAUUGUAUACUGCAAGAGGGCGAGCUUCCACUACAAUGGACGGCUGUAAUAAAGAAACCCCAGCCUCUCCAGACUUGAAGGAAAUGUUCAACUUUAUAGAGAAUGCUCAACAAGGUUAACUUACAGGAAUGAUGUGCAAGAAGCGAUUUAUUGAAAUAAGCUAGUCUGGAAUUGGCUGCCUAUGGAAUUGACUGCCAUUUUUUUUAUUUCAAGUCAUGAGUUUUGAACCAUUUGGGCAUGACUUCAUCAAACAUUUCUAUUUUAUUUUAUUACUUGACAUCUUAUGAAGAUCUCAAAAUUUUGAUUCAUUAUUCUGCAUGUGUGAUGUAGAUUAAGGAGAAUUGGCAUGCUGUUAUCAUAUGAGUGAUAUCUUAAUACCUAAAACAUGUAUCCUAGUGCCCACCUGCACUUUAAAUAAUGCAUAUGUCACUUUGUGGGCAUGGGUUUUAUUUUCUUGUAGCAGUUAAACUGGAUUGCUGCAGUACGACAUUGUAAGUGCCAAGAAGUGCAGUUAAUGUGGCCUGUAAUUUCAUUAAAGAACAAAAUAAGUGAAAUAUAUUGAGAAUGAUUAUUACAUUAUAACUUAUCAAUGUGAUAUUAAUCAUAUAUUACUUGCAUUUUAUUUUAUUGUAAAUUUUCAAAAUGACUUUUGACAAUAGUUGAUUAAAUUUCAGAAAUGG